CUCCGUUGCUCGAAAUAACCUAUGUAAUGUAGGACAGUCAACUAUAUCCCGUAGUAUUCACUAUAUUAGCACACUUAUCGACGACAACCUGGCUGAAAAGUAUAUUCGUUUUCCGGUUACAUCACGAGAGAAAGAGCAGAUUGCAAGGGGAUUUAUGGAAAAAUUUAAUAUGCCUAAUGUAAUUGGAUGCGUAGACUGUACACAUAUAUCCAUCAUACGUCCUUUGAUGCAUGAUACUGAGCGACCACCUCGCCUAUAUAUAAACCGGAAAAAAUUUUACAGUCUGAAUGUUGAAGCUACAGUCGAUUCAGACUUAAUAUUCACCUCUGUAAAUCCUAAAUUUCCUGGUGCCACACAUGAUAGUGGUAUUUGGAUGAAAUCUCCUGUCCGCAAUCAUAUGAAAAAAGAAUUUCUCCGAAACCGUGAACAGCACAUUGUUUUGGGUGAUAAAGGAUACCCUCUGGAACCGUUCAUCUUCACUCCAUAUCCAACUCCCGAAACUGACAAUCAAGAACGAUUUAAUAGACUUCAUGAACAGGCAAGAAAUACCAUUGAGCGAAGUUUUGGGGUGCUUAAAGCAGUAUUUCGCUGUCUUCUCAAACAUCGAGUGUUACACUACAAACCAGUAAUUGCAGGAAAAAUUACAAAUGCGUGUUUUACACUUUAUAAUUAUAUGCGUCGAAACGGAUAUAAUUUUGAUCAAAUUGAAGGUGUAAACGAAGAAUUUGAAAAUGACAUUGCGCUGAAUGACGGAGAACUUUAUAGAAUUGGAUUAGAAAGAAGAGAAACCUAUAUAAGUGCACUGUAAAUUUAUUAGAAAAAUACAUUCAUUAAGCUCUCAAAAAUAUAAUCUUUCUUAGAA